AUGCUCCACAUAAAGGAUGAAAUCUCUGAGAUCCCUGAUAUCGAGAGCCAUGCCUUGAAGGAAGGCAUCUUGCAAGCACAGCGCAAGGUCGGCCUUCUAGUUGAUCAGCGAGACGAAGAACUGAGCAGGGAAAAUUCUCCACCUACAAACCCCCCAUUUGCCAUUUUGGAUGCCAUGAUUGGGCCAUACUUUGCAACAACUAACCAUCAUUUCCCCAUUUGGACAAAAGAAAGGUUCAUUAGAAUGGCUACUAAUCUGCGGCAAUCUACGUCACCAGAUCCGGAUCUCGCCUCUAUAAUUUGCUGUAACAAUUUAGUUCUCAUGGCCAUGUCAGCGGACUCAUUAUGCUCAUACCGACGGGAGCCAAUGCCGAGCAAGCAGGCCCGCAAGCCUUCAUCAAUUGACUGUGACAUCGUUGAAGGCUUUUUGGCAAACGCAAAACGGGCUUUGAAAAAUAUUGACCAACUCAUCUCGCCUCGCUUAAUCAACGUCCAGGCACUGUUAUCCAUGUAUAUAGUUGCACAAGAGCACCUCUCUAAAGGCCUCUCCGAGACUCUCUUUGCUCUUGCUGCUCAAUGUGCGAAGUCAAUUGGUAUUCACCAAUGGAACUCCUUCCGAGGUGGCCUCACGGACGAAGAUGUUGAGGAGAGACGUAAUAUUUCGUACUGCCUAUACGUUCUUGACAAGGCAGUUUGCUGGACAGCGGGCUCAUCUCCAAACAUACCAGCCACUGAUAUGUAUUUCGAUCCGUGUCUGACGCCCUCUGAAAGGAAUGUGGUAUCUUGCCUCGUCGCGAAAACUGAAAUGGCUAAGAUUGAAGAGACAGUCUAUUUAGAGGUAUAUGCUAACCAGGUUAAGGCAAAGAAUGAAGACCAAGUUCGAGAGUUCGCAACCACGAUCCUGUCAAGACUUCAGAGCUGGCUAGCGGACUCCGGAAUUGACUUUGACAAAAUUCAGAAUUUUCCUAAAAGCUCAGCUCCAAAUCUCCAGCUUGCCAUUAGGUAUCUUUGCGUCCAGCUGCUACUUAUAUGGCCACAUAAGAAACAUCCAGACGGCAUAUUUCAACGGGGCCAAGAAGUCGCGAAAAUGUGUAUGAAAUAUUUGAUUUGCCUUUGGAACUCCCCUCCGGACCAAGGAAAUCAUGCUAUUUUUCCAUUGUCAGUAUACCCUUCUCCUGUCUUUGUGGUCUGUUGGCUAGAAGAUGUGAAAAUCUGA